AUGGGAAAACGUACAAAUCUUAAACGAUUAUCAUCCGUAUCUCAAUCAGCUUCAAAAUCAGUUGAUACAAAAGCAAGAAAACGUAUCGAAGAACUUUAUGAAUUAACUGAUGAAAUAAUCAAUGCAUAUAAUGAAAUUAACGAUAAAUAUAUUAAUCAAAUCUAUCGAAAAUAUAAACAAUUACAAGAAGUCAAUGCAAGAUUGAAAGAACAAUUGAAUUCACAUCAUUGUACUGGUUGUAAAUGUACUAAUCAAUCAAUUGGAGAUGAAGAAGAGGAAGUAGAUGAUGGGAAUAAUUCAGUACAUGAACCUGAUGAUGAUUAUCGAAUAAAAAAUUCAACUUUACCAUCAUCAUCGACAAAUUCAGUUAUAACACGUAGCAAAAAAAAUAAUCCUUUUAUUAUUGCCGAUAUUGAAGAUACACAAAAUUUUGAUGCUAAUGAUAGUCGAUUUAUUAGAAAUAUUCCUGAUAAUGAUAAUGAAAAUGAUAAUGAUAAUGAAGAACUUGAAACAUCAAUGAAUACAAGUGCAAAUUCACGCAAACCGACAUCAAAAAAUGGGAAUGAUUCAGACGUAGGAAGUGAGGAAGAAGAUAUGGCGGAACUCUGGUCGUGGGCGGCACAAGGUAGAGAGUCUGAUACUCCCAAUAAUUCUUCUAAUCUUCCUUCCGAUGAAGCAAAUACUACAGCGUUGAAUGGUAAGACAUUAUCUAUGAUUACAUUCAGACCAGUAAAUAAUGAAAAUGAUUUAAAAUAUAAUUUUAUGGUCAAAAAAAAUGAGCUCGAAAUUUGGAGUUUACGACUUUGUGGUACAAUAGUAUUUACAAUUAAUGAAAGUAAUGAUGAAGAUAGUGGUAUGGGUCAAUUACCAGUUGCUUUACAAGAAGUUAUUAGAAGAAAAGCUGCAAGAAAUAAAAAAGAUAAAUUCUAUUUACUUCAUAUUCCACGUUAUCCAGCAUUAUGUGAAUUUCUUCGUGAUAAAUCUCGUACAUCGUUUGAUCAUCGACCGAGUGAUAUUCAAGUUCGUCCACUUAUUGCAAAUUCUAUUAGCCAACAUUUAGCUAAUGAUUCAAAAGCACGUAUGCGUGUACGUGAUGAAUUACGUGAAAUACAUCGAUCAUAUAUGAGAACAUUUAUGACCGAUCCACAUGUUGUAGCAGGCAAAUUAACUGUUUCAAAAUCCAAACAAAUUCCUGUUAAAAAAAGCCCUGUAUAA